GUUUUAUCAGUAAAAUGUAAAAAUUUUUAUGUCCCUGGCAAUGCAUUUUCCUUGUCAAAUUUAUUAAUAAGUGUUACAAUAUGCGAUUUUUUAUAAAAAUCAAUACAAAAAUUUUAAACUUAAAUCAACGAAAAAUUACAAUGAUCCAUCCAACUAUCGUAUUAAUGGGCGCGUUCAGAAAACAACUGUUGAGCAUCGUCGUUUUUUUUAUAGUAAAAUAACUAUAACAGCUGAUUGCUAUUGAUUCUUAUCAACUGCUGGUUAAGUUGUUGGUGUCGGAUAGACACAGAAGGACACUAGUGUUUUCCACAAACAUAAAAUGUGAAUAAUAUCCCAAAUAAACACGUAUAACUCGUGUAAAUAAAUAAUUAUUGUUCGUGAGAGCUUGCUAUAAAAAUGUGAAUACAAUAUAAGCUUUUUAAUUGUAUCAAGAUAUCAGUGUAUUAAUAAAUCAAUGUGAAAAUACAUUGAUACAAAAUGUCUGAGAAAAAGACCAUUGGGGGUAUUCCUGUGGAGUGUCUAAGUGGAGAAUCAGCUGCUAUAUGGUCUGGCUGGCGUACGUUGGGAGACAGAGAACUUGUGAGAGAAGCUUCCGCUAAGGGAACCCAUAUAAAAUUAGCACAUAAAUGCCUUGCGUAUAGAAGGCACUGUUCUGUAGAACAAGCAUGUAUAUACUUCAAUGAAGAAGUAGAAAAUUGGGUCAGUGAGUUAUUAAACAAAAAACAAGUUUACAGAGCUUCACAUAUUCUAAGGAAUAUGGGAAAGGAUUCAGUGGAAUAUAUUUUUGCUGUUUCUACAAAGAAUAAAGACUCAGCUUUAAGAAAUUAUUUAUGCGAGUACAUGAUAAAUGUUAAUGGGUUUAAGAAUGAACAUGUCAUAGCGUGGAACAUAAUUAAGUCUGUUAUAGAGCAUGAAGAAAAAUACAAAAUUCAAAAUGGGUUAAGUUCUUGUAUAUGUAUAGAUGAUAUAAUAAAACUGCCAGAGAAUAUUAAACACGCCUUAUGCACUGAAUUAUAUUUUUCUUUGAAUGACCCACAAAUUUUAGGAAAUGUAUCAAAUACUAUUUUGUGGGAUUAUUUAUUAUCUAACAAUAAAAUUAAUGCAAUAAGGCUAUGGAUUGACGCGAGAUGCAAUCCAGAUAUCUUGCAAAACUCAAAUGAAAUUGACCAUCAUUUAAAAUCGUUAUUUAUAAAUUUAAAUAUUACAUCAGAUAUGAUUGAAUAUAUAGAUUCUUCCAAUGCUAGUAGCCUUGUAAAAGAUUUAACUAAAGAUUAUUUAUUCAGGUAUGGCAUAUAUAUAAAAAAAGAAAAGAAUGAUUUAAAAUUAAUAUUAAAUCGUUCCUUUGGCUGUGGUACCACGUUGGAAGAACUUGAUACAAUAUUAUCUCUAUCUUCUUGCAAUAUUGAUAAAACGGAAUUUCUGCGAAACGUUGAUCAACAAUUGUGCCUUACACAUUGCUCGCAAGAAUGUCACACUGAAGAAGAUAAUUUAAAGCUAACACAAUUAUUGAAUGUAUUAACUGAUAUGUGUAACGCUAAAGAUCAUUACGAAGAUGCAUUAAUACGUGGAAUAGUUGAAUCGAUUAAUUUUAUCUCUGACGAUUUUAAUGCCUAUCUAAAAACAAAUUAUUUGGCAAGCUUGGCUAUAAUAUUUUUACGAUUUUCCCAAAUGAGAAGCGCCUUAGGUAAUGAAGCGAACACUUCAGAGAAGAGUAAACUAAUGAGAGAUAUAUUUACAAACAAAGUUGUUUUAAAAAUCGGUGAGCAUGUUAUUUCCCAAGAAGUUCUUCAGUUUGCGCUUGCACACAUACCAAACAUGCAAGGCAUCAUUGAAGACCAAACUAAAAAAGAUGAUAUUACGGUGUACGAAUUAUUAAACGGCUAUAAGAAUUUGAAUGCAAAACAAUUUUUCAAGUGGCGUUUCAAAAAUGAGCCCAUGCCUGCUUUCACAAACGAAAAUCUUAUUAAAAAAUAUGGACAUCAGGAAAUAUUGACGUAUCGUUAUUAUUUGAAAGAAGGCAGGCCAAAUAUGGCUGCAUAUACUUUAGAAUAUGCUCAAGUUAAGUUACUCGGAAAUGUAUCUUCUCAAAGAAAAUUUAAAGCGGCCAUAUAUGCACACAUUCUCGCUUUGAGAAAUCUAGAUAAAUCUGAUAUCGUAUGCAGUUGUAUUGUUUUUAUUGAAUUGUUGAAGAUUGAUUCGAGCAAUUUACGAUUGCACGUUAUUGUGGCAAACUAUGUGCAGGAGCAAUUAAAUAUCUCUAUAGGAAAUUUAUUGGAAAAUGUAGUGUAUAAGAACCAAACUGAUCUAAAGUCCGUGAUAUUUUAUCUAGAACAAAGUUUCCAAAAACACUUAUUAGACAAAAUCUUGAAGCGAAAUGAACAGUUUGUUGAAGCAUUAAAAACAUGGGACAUUAUCGUGCGCUUUGCACAAGUUCACAACUGUGUACUACCCGAUAUAUUGCUGAAAUAUUUGGCAAAUCAUGAUUUAUGGUUCGAGUUCGUUGCAGUCAGUCACAUAUUCGCUUAUCCCACAAAUCAGGUACUGGAAAACGCCCAAUUAUUUAAUAAUGCGAGCAUACGGGAACAUUUAUUGAUGUGUUUCAAUAAUAGUAAACUUAGCAAAUCUGAACCAUGUAACGAACAGAAAUCCCGUGAUGCAAGGCAAUCAUUGUCAAGACAACGCAAAGUUGGAGUAAAAGAAAAUGAAUCUCCAGCAUCCACUUCAUCUAUAUCUGGAACUGAUAUAGAUGCAACCAAUACAGAACAUGCUUUCAAUUCAACUUCCUUAGAUAAUGAUUUAUGGUUAAUUAUAUUAAAUUGUCAUCAAAGUCAAGACCCACCCGGGGCAUUAAUUAAUGCAUCUCGUUCAAACUUAAUGCCUAUAUUGGCUAUUUUGGCUACGUGUUAUGAGCCAUCCUCAGUAGCAGCAUAUUGUUAUUGUUGGAUGGUAAUAUCAACAAGAAGAGAAGAUAUACUUCUCGAUUACGCGGAAUGUCUGGAACAACAAAUAUGGCCUUCUGAUAAAGUAUCAGAAUUAUUAAAUAAAAUGAUUCAAUGUGGUUAUAUUAACACAGUUAAUCGAGCUUACAAAAUUUUCAUGCCUGAUAGCAUUUUGAAUCUAUUCUUCGAAUUUAUGAUGCAAACAAUAAGUUACAGCGAAUUUAAGGAUAGUCAACAGUCUUUAAUGGAGUUUAAGUCACAAUGUUCCUCGCUCAAAUCUAAUAGAAUCAUGGACUGGGACAGCACCCAUUUCACAUACUUGAAGAAUUUAUAUUGGAUUGCAGUUGUUGCAAUCCGAUGCAUUGUCACAGCACUCGGUUAUGGCUUUCAAAGUACGCCGUUACGAAUAAAGUUUCUCGAAGCGCUAAUAAAGUGUGACUUUUCUGCAGACUUACCAGUCGCAGUACCGGAUUUUCAAUGCUUAUUGGAUAUAGUAAAACUUCUGCAGAAAACCGAUACAACAUUAAAUUUUAGAGCCAUUACUAUAAUCGAUAACGUACAUAAUUUUAACACAGAGAUUCAAAGAUGCAUUAACGACUUAAUAGCAAUCGAGGAUUACAGCGUUGCCCUAGAAUUAGCAUGCCGCGCUGGAUUAAAUUCAUGUGAAAUUAUAUUAGCCCAAUAUCGAAAUACUUUUAAGAAAUCUAUAAAUAAGGAUGGCAAAAUAAAUCCUGCUUUCUGGACGCAAUGUGCUCAAGAUUUCAACAAAUAUAACGUUCCAUCUCAAGUAGCAGUUGAAUUCUUUGUCGAACAUGCCAAGGAAGUUAUAUCGCAUAAAGAAAGAUAUGAAGUUUUAAAAUUGGCUUAUGAAACUUUAAAAAACACGGAAAUUGAGCAACAAACUAUCGAUACUCUGGAGAUGGCAAUGUGGAAAUCAUGUAUUUUAGCUGGACCUGAAAAUGUACAGUUUGAUUGUAAUGAUUACAUUUUUAAUAAAUUAAAAACGGAGUUACUGUCUGGAUUGGAUAGAUUACAAGUCGUUUGCUCCUUGAUCGACGAAGGCGAAAAAGAUUCUGUAAAGAUUUUAAUGAAUAAACUACUUGAUCUGGGCAAAUUGGAUAUUGCCUUACGAAUAAGCAAGAUGUUUAAUUAUAAUCACAAAGAUUUGCAGAUAUUGAUGCUGUGUUUAAGUUUAGCAGAAGGCGAAAUUUCACCAGCAGAUUUAACCGUGCAACAAAAGAGUCUCUUGGAAGAGACGAAUAAAAACAAACAACAAAAAUAUGGCAUUUUCCGUAAUCGCGCUUUGCCAAGAUUUUCUUCAUCGUCUUCCCUAAAUACAGUCUCGUCAGCUAUAGAAACCAGCAAGACAAACGAUACAACAAUCACUAACAAUCAUCAACUCCAAAUGGAGUGUAUUUCAAUCUUAGAAAAAUUGUCAGAAACUCUUAAACAUGGAAAUGAGAUUUGCCUGAGAAUUAUUUCGUGUUAUAAACUUGCUACACGCUUAGGGAAAACAUAUCAAUCACUAUUAAUGCUGAGCAAUCCGAUUAAAUUUUUACGAGAGACCAUGGAAAGUAAUAUCGAAAAUAAAUUUGAAACUGCCAAUAACAUAAUAAUAUCUUAUAAAAUUAAGAAGGAAGAUGUCGCAAUGUUUCUAACCGAAAAUAUUACAGUGCACAUAAGUCGUGCCACAGAAGAUGGUCAAGAAGACUCCAUUUUUAUUUGGGGCUAUUCUAUGCAUUCACAUUUUCACUUAAUAAUGGAGCUUUGUAGCGAUACUUCGUUAUUAGGCUUAAAAUUGUUAAAGACAGCACAAUCAUUGCUGGGAAGAUACAUUAGUACUCAUGAUGAAAAAAAGAAUGUUGCAGGAUUAAAAACAAUAGUGGAAUUAUUAAUAAAAUCGCACGAUUGUUUCACGGCUUCCUGUAAUAUGGAAGGAAUAGCUUCAGUAUUACGAAAGUGUCAGAGCCUUGCGAAUAUGUUACAAAUUUUUAAACACUGGGCAUUAUUAGUACGUCUUGUAACUGGCGUUGGGCGAUUUACCGAAAUGAAUUACAUAUUUCAAAUCUUGAAAGAAAAUGAUCAAUUUGAAUCUUUAUUGGGACAGGGCUUGGAUAAGGUACCGGGUUUAAAAAUAGCACUGUUAGAAUUUCUGAAGCGUCAAUGUCCAGACGAUAAAGAAUUAUUUACUUUAGUGGCGCUGCAUUUCCGUUUGUAUUAUGAAAUCGCACUCAUGUGGGAAAAUGAAGCAAAAGAAGUAAUUUCAAACUUAAUAUCUGAAGCAUUAAAAGAAUGCGGAAGAGGCGUGACUGGUAUUCCAGUAGAAAUAAAGUAUACUCGGAAUGACAAUACCCAAAAACAAUUGCAACUGGCCGUAACAAAUUUUACUCAUGCCACUCAAUACUAUUUACAGGAUAAAAAAUUAAAUCUUGCUAACCAAUGUGCUCAUCAAGCACAACUUGUCGCUCUUCAAAUCGGACUAUUGCACGCGUUACCGCAAAAUCAGCAAGCAGUAUGCCUAUUAAAUCUGAAAAGUGACGAAUUGGAUAAAAUACUGUCUCAGAUCUUAAAUUUUCCUCAAGCUCUCAUUGUUAGUCGUGCUUAUAAUCAUCAUACGGAUUGGGCUAAUCUUAUUUAUCAUCAUUGCGUUCUCAAAGAUGAGACGAAAUAUCUCAAAGAAUUCAUGAUGAUAAAUAAUCUAACGUCUACGAUUGUACAAGAUUGUGCGCGUAGGUACUGUUUGGAAAAAAAUAUUAAUCAUUCCAUGACAGAUAAUAUGAAAAUUCUAAUUUCUGAAUUAUCAGAUAUCGAAUGUAAGUACAAGUUAGCUAGUCAGCUUGGUUUUAAGGAUAUUGUGGAGGAAAUGCUCAAUAAUCCUCUAGUAGGUGCCUAUCUAAAAGAUACGAUUUGGAAGAAAGGAUAUACUACUUCAUGAUGUAAUAUAUGCUACUAAAAAGAAUUUGACAUAAUCAUAACCCGAUAAAAGUACUGUAAUCGAAACGCUACGGUAAAUUGUUAUAAACUCAUUUCCUGUUAUUGCGAGGAAUAUAAUUUUGUACUUA